UUUCAGCGUGUGAAGAACCAGUGUUACAGGAGAUAUCCAGUCGUUUCAAUUAAUUCAUUCAUUUUAAUUCACAAUAAAGCCCAGGACUCUUCGUGCCGAACAAAGGCAUCAGUAGCCGAUCUUUCAGUUCAACAGAAACAGAAAACACGCAGAAAAACUAAUCAUAAACCGAGUUUAGCGUUCUAGCGAGCGACCAUGAUCAUCGCGUCGCGUUCUGUUCGAGACUAGCCGUGUCUUCUCCAUGUGUCAGAAAUGAAGGAAAAGUCCAAGAAUGCUGCGAAGACACGAAGAGAAAAAGAAAAUGGAGAAUUUUAUGAACUGGCCAAACUGUUGCCGCUGCCCUCGGCCAUCACAUCUCAGCUGGACAAAGCGUCCAUCAUCAGACUGACCACAAGCUACCUGAAGAUGAGAGCCGUGUUUCCAGACGGGCUCGGAGAGGCCUGGGGUCAUUCAGCGAGGGUCAGUCUUCUGGACAUCAUGGCCAAAGAUCUGGGAUCUCACCUGCUGCAGACGCUGGACGGGUUUGUGUUUGUCGUCGCGCCUGAUGGUAAAAUCAUGUACAUUUCAGAAACAGCUUCGGUACAUCUGGGUUUGUCACAGGUGGAACUGACCGGUAACAGCAUCUUUGAGUACAUUCAUCCAUCAGACCACGACGAGAUGAGCGCCGUGCUGAGCGCACACCAGCCGCUGCAGCCACACUUCCUACAGGAGCUGGAGCUCGAGCGCUCGUUCUUCCUGCGCAUGAAGUGUGUUCUGGCGAAGCGCAACGCGGGACUCACGAGCGGCGGUUAUAAGGUGAUCCACUGCAGCGGUUAUCUGAAGCUCCGUCAGCUGCUGAUGGACAUGCCUCUGUUUGAGUCGUGCUAUCAGAUCGUGGGGCUGGUGGCGGUCGGUCAGUCUCUUCCUCCCAGCGGCGUCACCGAGAUCAAACUCCACAGCAACAUGUUCAUGUUCCGCGCUAGUCUGGACCUCAAACUCAUCUUCCUGGACAGCAGGGUGGCUGAGUUAACGGGUUACGAGCCGCAGGAUUUGAUUGAGAAGACUCUCUACCAUCACGUCCACGGCUGCGACGUCUUCCAGCUGCGACACGCGCAUCAUUUACUGCUGGUGAAGGGGCAGGUCACCACCAAGUACUACCGAAUGCUGGCCAAACAUGGCGGCUGGGUUUGGGUGCAGAGCUGCGCCACCAUCGUUCACAACAGCCGCUCAUCUCGUCCACACUGCAUCGUCAGCGUCAACUAUGUCCUCACCCAUGUGGAAUAUAAACAGAUGCAGCUCUCUCGGGACCAGAGCAGAUCCAGACCGUCUCUCUCAUAUAAGACCUCGAGUCUGGCGGUUCCUCAGGACUCACGCAAACAGCUGAAAGCCAAAGCAGCCAAAAUCCAAAGCAAACCCAAAGCUCCCCCGUAUCCGCAGGUAAGAGCGCUCACAGGCUCACCCGGGAACGGUUUCCAGACCUCUCUGCAUGCUGAUGAAGCGGAGUGUCCUUCGUGGAAGUCGAGUCCCUGCAGCCUGCCAUCCUGUCAGCAGCAGAUGCACGUCCCCGAGCCGUCCUACACACACACACCUGCGCAGACACACCUGUCCCGCAGGGAAACACCCUGGAGCUGCGUAUACUCAGGUUCGGCGGGUGACGCAUUCACAGCCCAGCUGCUGCAGAGCGGCUACAGACCCGACGGGGCGUUUAAAGAGGAGUCGGGUCAGAACCGCAGCAGCAGAGAGCAUCAGGCGCUCCAGGGCUUCGGCCAGCAGACGCAGAGAUGCAGACUCUCAGACCAGAGCCACACAGAGGACAAGAGACUCCUGGUGACCCAGAGCCGAGUCUCUCUCAACCUCCAGCACGUCUGGGCCAAACACGUCCCACCAGGACCCUACACUCUCAGCCACUUAACGGAUGGGUACCGGGCCGAGGAGGUGCACCGGACCCAGAGCACCGCUGGCCCUCAUUACAUCAGCACCUCCGUCAUCAUCAGCAACGAGAGGUGACCCGCUGCAUUUCUGCAGAACCACAGAGCAUCUGUUCACA